AUGUCGGGCCCAGUCGCAGUUGCUCGCCCGCCGCAGCCUCCCCGAUUGCGCCGGGAAUCCCAGCGUCCUGGCGUUGCGCGCGCCACGACCAAGCAGCCCAGCAUGGAAGACGACAGCGUGAAGCCAGAGGAGCCCAGGAAAUAUGGUACGGCGCCAUUGGUAGCCCAGAUGAGUAUCGCACAGCUAACGCGCACUGCAGUCUACACCCAACAGGAUAUUCUGGCAAAGCACAAGGGAAAGCCGCCUUCGCUCCGCGUGUACCUGCACCCUAAGCACUUCCGCCUGAACGACUCCCAGGAGACGCUGGCAUACGCCGGGCCCAUGCGCGAGCUUCUCCUGGCUAUCAAGGACAAGGUCGUGCCUCACAACAUGGUCGAGGAUCUCUACGAGUUCAAUACGCCCUGGUACGACAACUGCCUCAUCGUCGAGGUGCACGACUUCCGCUCCAACAGUGUAAAGCCCAAGGAUGAAUCCAACAGCACGGGCGACGGCGCCAGCAGUGCCUUCUCUAUUCAUAACUACAACAACUUCAUUACCCCCUCGCCUUUUGCGCCUCAUCCUGUCAACAAGCCCGAGUCGAAGCCCGCACAGGCCAGUGCCCAGAGCAAGGAGGCCGAGGUCAAGGAGGACAAGGAGAAUAUGCCAGCGCCUGGCCAGAAUGGUGCAGCCAACAAGCAGACGGGACCCGGUAAGGUCAGGACAGUCGUUCUGUUUCCGACCCCGCAGUCACAGUUGGCCGACAUGCAGUUACUGGCCUCCACACCCGUCACCGACAUCGCUGCACUUAAGAGAAUGCAGGCUCAGGGCAGAGCUGCCGGUAUGCCACCCACUCCCAUGACCGCAGUACCCUCGACGCCUACCUUCUCCAAUGGCCCCAGUCCAAAGCGCCAGAAGAUGGUCCUCGACGACAGCAAUGUGCACGAGUUUGAGGCUGAGCUGCUUAAUGCCACCUGCCCGCCGUUGUACCUGGAGCCCACCAAGAGCUUCGGCCACUCGCUUGCGCUCAUGGACGCCAUCACACAUCCCAUCAACAAGAACCCUGCGCCGCCACGCAAGACUCGGAAGAGGACCACUGCUGAAUUGGCUGCCGACGAGGCUGAAGCCCAGGGUCUACAACGCUUCAUGUUGGCGGGUGAUGAAUACCAGGCUGUCAUGAUGGCUGCUGCUACAGGUAACGAUGAUAACGCUGUGCGUGCGGCUGCCAACUCGCAGACAUUUGCUAGAUUCAAGACCAUUGCCAAUAUCCGUGCCAACCAUGAGGAAACCGAGCGACGGAAGAAGGAAGAAGACGCCCGCGUUGCCCAGGCCAAGCGACAGGCCCAGAUGGAGGCCGAACUCCAGAGGAAACGAGAGCUCGAAACCAGACAGCAGGCUGAACUUGUCGAGCGUCAACAAGCCCUCCGCCAACAGGCGGCGCACCAGGCCCAGCUACAGCAACAGAACCAGUUACAGCAAAAUCAAAUCCAACAGAACGAAGCGUUACGGGCAGCUGCUGCAGCACAGCACCAGUUGUCGACCGCGACGGCUACCCAGGUUGCGAGCACGCCUCAAUCCGCGACACAGUCUCAAUUCUCGCCAACUAUACGCCAACAGACGCCAAUGGCAGCAUCCGCGGCAUCACCACGAGUUGGCGGCCCAGCCUCGCAUCCCAUGGGAGGCACCCCGAUGGUCCCAACGGCUUCGAGCCAGGCCAUCAACAGUCCAGCCCGGCCACCCUCUGCUGUUUCUCACCAUCAGAACCAGAUGGCCCGCUCUGUCAGCCAGCAGCAGAACCCGAGCCGCACCGGUACACCGCACAUGGUACAAGGAACGCCUGUUAUGAACGCAUCCAUGCCGAAUCGCAACAUGACACCCACUCCGAGCCGCAUGAACCAGGGCAGCCCACCCAUUGCCAUGCAAGGACAAACCCCCAUGAUGAUGCAGCAGGCCUCUCAGCCUGGCCAGAACAUGACUCCAGAGAUGAUGCCAAAUUUCAACCAGCAGCGCUUGUACCAGGUGCGAAUGCAGCAAUUGCAACAACAGAGUGCGUCCCCUGGUAACCCGCAACAGCAGCAGAUGCAACAACUCGCAUUUCAAAAGGCCGCCCAACAUAUCCAGACUCAGGGCGUGCCCCAGAACCAGAACCCCCAGCAGUACCGCCAGCAGCUGGCAGCGCAUUACUUCCGUCAACUGCAACAACAGCAACAACAGCAACAUAUGGCUAUGUCGCCCCAAGGUGGCAUGCAGCAAAACGUGCCCCAACAAGGCAUGACUUUUGCUAACAUGAGUUUGCAGCAGAUGCGCGCGCGGUACCAGCAGCAAAAGGCCACUAUCAUGCAAAACUACGGCACUCAGAACAUUCCUCAGCACAUCAUGCAGCAGAUGCAACAGAUGGAAAUGCAAAUCAAGCAACGGGAACAGCGCGAACAGCAACAGGUACAGGCACAGAUGGCUCAAAUGCAAAACGCCGGCAUGGGCAAUCAGAUGAACACCGGCCAGAUGAACGGCAUGCAAAAUGUCAACCCAAACAAUCCCAUGCACAUGCAGCAAUACCAACAAUUACUGCAACAGCAACGUCAGCAAGCCGCCAACCAGAGUCGACUCAUGCAGAUGCGCCAGCAGGCGGCCUUGGCCGGCAAUCAGAUCCCUCAAGGCAUGAUGGGCAACAUGAACGCAAUGAACAACAUGCAAGGCGGUAUGCAGGGCAUGAACGUGAAUAAUAUGGGCAACAUGCAGGGUAUGAACAUGGCACAAAUGGGACAAAUGAAUGGUGGCAUGGGCGGCAUGCAAGGCGCACAAAUGAACGCCGGUAUGCAGGGCGUAAGCAUGAACCAAAUGUCGCAACAGCAGAUGCAGCAGAUGAUGAUGAUGCGCCAGGCGCAGCAGAACGCUCAGCGCAUGGGACAGCAGGGCGGCCAGCAAGGUGGCGACAUGGGGUGGAGUGGUGUUUGA